AUGCAUAAAACGAUAAGAAAACUAUUUAGCGAUGAGGUGUGUGACAAGAUAGAGAAUAUGAAAAUAUUGUUAGUAGGUGCUGGAGGUAUUGGUAGUGAGUUUUUAAAAAAUAUAAUAACAAUAGGUUGUAAGAAUAUUGACAUUAUAGAUAUCGAUACGAUUGAUAUUACAAAUUUGAAUAGGCAAUUUUUAUUUAAAAAGGAAGAUGUAAAAAAGUAUAAAUCUCUUGUAGCAAAAGAGAGAGCUUUAAAACAUAAAAAGAAUUUAAAUAUAAAUGCAUAUACAUUUGAUGUAUGUACUAUGAAAAGUAGUGAUAUAAAAAAAUAUGAUUAUGUAAUUAAUGCAUUAGAUAAUAUAAAAGCUAGAAAAUAUGUAAAUAAAUUAUGUAUUAUGGAAAAAAAAGUUUUAAUAGAAGCUGGAAGUGCAGGUUAUAAUGGUCAGGUAUAUCCUAUUUAUUAUAAUGAAACCAAAUGUUAUAGUUGUGAAGAGAAACCAAAAAAUAAAACAUUUGCUAUAUGUACAAUAAGACAAACGCCUUCUUUACCUGAACAUUGUGUUGCAUGGGGUAGAUUAAUAUUUGAAACAUUUUUUUGUAAAAAUGAUAAUGAAACUUUAAUAGAUAUUAAAAAUCAUAUUGAAGAAGAAUCUAAAAAAAGAAAUAUGGAUAAGAAGGAAAUUAUAAUCUUUAUUUUUAAUUAUUUAUUUAAUGAUUCUAUAAAAGAAUUAAUUUCUUUAAAAAAGGAUUAUGCAACGAUACCCACACCAAUACAUUUUGAAUUUGAUGAAAAUAUAGAUAUUUUUAAAGAAGAAAAUGAAAAAAAUAAUAAUAAUAAUAAUAAUGGAAACAACACAGACAAAUUAAAUGACAACAAAGAUAAUAUUAAUGACAAUAAAGAUAAUAUUAAUGAUAAAAAAUAUGAUGGUAAUAAUUCCAAAGGUGAAGAAAAAAAUCAAGAAAAAGAAAAUAAUGUACUUGAGUUAUCCUCACAAAAUAUAUGGGAUAAAAAAAAAUGUAUAGAAAUGUAUAUAAAAACAUUUUUAAAAUUAUAUAAAUAUUUGAAUAUAAAUAAAAAAGAAGAAGAAUAUUUAAUAUUUGAUAAAGAUGAUGAUGAAUGUAUAAAUUUUAUAACAGCUAUAUCGAAUAUAAGAAUGUUAAAUUUUUGUAUCAGUCAAAAAAGUAAAUUUGAUAUACAAUCAAUAGCAGGAAAUAUAAUACCUGCAAUAUCAUCAACAAAUGCGAUUGUUGCUUCUUUGCAAGCUUUUCAAUUAAUUCAUGUUAUUGAAUAUUUUGAAACAUUAAAAAAAAAAAAUAAUAAUAAUAAUAAAAAUAAAAAUAAAAACAAUAAUAAUAAAAACAAUAACAUUAUUAGUUGUGAUGAUGAUAAAGAAGAAAAUAAGAUAGACCAUUUUAAUAUACGAAAUAGUAAAGCUAGACAUGUAUGGGUUAAAAGUAUAGUUAAUGGAAAUAAAAUAUUUUCACGAGGAAACUUAGUAAAUGCUGAAGAUUUAGAAAUGCCUAAUCCAAAUUGUUAUAUAUGUCAACAACCUAUUAUACAUAUAUAUAUAAAAAAUUUUGAGAAAAUGACGUUAUAUAAUUUUGUAAAAGAUAUAUGUAUGAAUGAAUUGUCAUUUUUAUAUCCUUUCUUAGAUAAACAAGAUAGAAAUAUAUUUGAUUAUGAUUUAUUUCAAGAAAAUGAAGAUGAUUAUUUACAAAGUUUAUAUUCAUCCUUAAAUGAUUGGGAUAUAAAACAUGAUGAAAUAUUAAUACUUACAGAUUUUCAAAAUAACAAUGUCCAAAUGGAAAUACAUUUAAAAGAAGACCCUUCACUAGAAACAGAAUAUUUUAUACAACAAAAAAAUGUUCCUUCAAAAAAAAGAAAAGUAUCAUAUAUUAAGCAGGAUGAAGCAAAUAUGGAUACUGAAAGUGCAAAAAAAAAGAGACAUAUAUUAUCAGACGAACAAAAGAAAACAAACGAUGAAAGCAAGCCUACUAAAAAGAGAAAACAUGAUGCGAGUAAAAUAGAGGAAAUAAUAAUUGACGACGAACAAAGUGAUAAUCAAAAUGUUGUCAUGAUUGAUUAA